AUGAGCACGACUGUUCCCAAGGGCCAGGGCAGUGGCCUGCCCACGACCUCUGCCGGAAGUCGUUUCCAUCUCUGGGCCCUGGGAUUUUUGUGCACAGAGCGCCACCUGGCCAAGCGCCUCAAGAACAACAGCUUUUACCCGUUCACGCAGCAGCAGCCAGGCGUCUUCGUGCUUGAGUACUACCUGGACACACUCUGGAAGGGACUGCUGCUCUUUGUCAUCUGCCUGGUCCUGGUCUGCUCUGGCUUUGUGAGACAGGUGGAAAAGCAGGAGACCUGGGGCUUCCCUGCCUAUGGCAUGGUCGUGGGCCUGUGGCUUGUGAUCUCAUCGUUGCCGCGGCGCCGCCUGGUGCUGAACCACACGCGUGGCAUGUACCACUUCUCUAUCCAGGGACGCACCGUGUGCCAGGGGUCCAUGCACCUGGUCUACGUGCGCCUGGCGCUCAGCUCUGAUGCCUACGGAAGGUGCUUCUUUCAGCUGGUCCUUUGCGGCCAUAAGCUGGAACCGCUGGUGCUGGUGCAGCUGUCGGAGCGCUAUGAGCAAAUGGAGUACCUAGGCCGUUACAUCGCUAGAAAACUCAACAUCAACUACUUCGACUAUCUGGCUACCUCCUACCGGCAUGUGGUCCGUCACUGGCCUCUGGGGGCCUCCUUUAGCCCAGGCAUCGUUCUUCGCAAGAAAGGCGUCUACAGCAGGCCAAGCAGCUCUCAGUCUGACCUGGAGGUGUGACCCUGGGCCUGCCCCCUACAGUUAUGGUCCUAUCCCCUACAUCCUCCCAUCCUGCCUGUAGCUCAUUCCACCCCUGCCCUUCGGUGGACUCAGGCCAGUCCUGCUCACUGGUCUUUCUCUGAAUAGAGCUGCCUCUAGCUUCCA